UUUCCGUAACCUGAAGCAACAGCCUCUUGAGUCUCCAUAAAAAAGGCGGGAACUAGUCAACAGGCAGGGAAAUGAUGGGACGCAUUCAUGUGCACAUCCCGCCCAUUUCAGUCUUUGAUUGGUAGGUAUCUCUGGCUCGUGGUAGAGGAGCCCGCCUUAUUGGCUGUCAGUAGCCUGAGGGCGGGUCGCGACACGGGUCCCACUCCUUCCUCCCUCGUUCCAGCUGCCGACGUGGGACUGGCAGCCGCUGGCGGUUAGGGACCGCCGUGUGGGUGCCGAGUGGCAGGUGGUGAUGGGGGUGCUGCGGCUGCUGGCUGUGGCCCUCACCUGCUGCUGGUGGCCGCUGGGCGGCCAGGGUAAAACGCUGCGAGGCAGCUUCAGCAGCGCCGCGGCCCGAGACGCUCAGGGCCAGAGCAUCGGCCACUUCGAGUUCCACGGUGACCAUGCUCUUCUGUGUGUCAGAAUCAACAACAUAGCAGUUGCUGUUGGAAAAGAAGCUAAACUCUACCUGUUCCAAGCCCAGGAAUGGCUAAAGCUGCAGGAAAGCAGUCAUGGUUACAGUUGUAGUGAAAAAUUAUCCAAAGCUCAGUUGACGAUGACCAUGAACCAGACUGAACAUAAUCUGACAGUGUCCCAGAUUCCAUAUCCACAAUCAUGGCACAUGUUUUAUGCAGACAAGUAUACGUGCAAAGAUGACAAUGAGAAUUAUCAGGUGGAAGAUAUAUCAUUUGAAAUGAUGUUACUAAACCCCGAUGCUGAAGGAAAUCCACUUGAUCAUUUUAGUGCUGGAGAAUCUGGGUUACAUGAGUUCUUUUUCCUCCUAGUCCUAGUGUACUUUGUGAUUGCUUGCAUUUAUGCUCAAUCAUUGUGGCAGGCUAUUAAGAAAGGAGGACCCAUGCACAUGAUUUUAAAGGUUCUGACAACUGCAUUGCUGUUACAAGCUGGUUCAGCUUUAGCUAAUUACAUUCAUUUCUCCAGUUACUCCAAAGAUGGAAUAGGGGUACCUUUUAUGGGAAGUUUGGCAGAAUUUUUUGACAUCGCUUCUCAAAUUCAAAUGUUAUACCUACUUCUGAGUCUAUGCAUGGGCUGGACAAUAGUCAGAAUGAAAAAGUCUCAAAGCAGACCUCUCCAGUGGGAUUCUACUCCUGCAUCCACUGGCAUUGCCGUAUUCAUUGUCAUAACACAGAGUAUUUUGCUGCUUUGGGAACAGUUUGAAGAUACCAGUCCUCACAGCUACCAUUCACACCACAAUUUAGCAGGGAUCCUUCUAAUCAUAUUAAGAAUUUGCCUAGCGUUGUCAUUAGGCUGUGGACUCUACCAGAUCAUCACAGUGGAGAGAAGUACACUAAAAAGGGAGUUCUACAUCACAUUUGCCAAAGGCUGUAUCUUAUGGUUUUUAUGCCAUCCAGGUCUUGCAUGCAUUUCUGUCAUGUUUAAUGACUACCAAAGAGAUAAGGUUAUUAUAAUAGGUGUUAUCCUUUGCCAGUCUGUUUCCAUGGUUAUUCUCUACAGACUUUUUCUAUCCCACAGUCUAUACUGGGAAGUUUCUUCGCUCUCCUCAGUGACAUUACCACUGACCAUAUCAUCUGGACACAAAAGUCGGCCUCAUUUCUGAUACUUGAUUUUCUUUAAAGGAAAAGUGAGUUGACUCAACAGAGUGCAAUAAGGAUCCAAAUAUAGUGACUUUUUUUUUCAUACUUUUGGUAUGAAAAAUUGAACAGAGAAAGCAGAGCAUGUUAUUUAUACAACUGCAUUUAAGCAGUACAAAAACUGAAAAAGGUAAUAAAUGAAAUGUUUUGAAAUAUAUUUAAUAAACUUUCAAGAAAGAACGUUGUUAUAAGGUGAUUUAUGCAUUUCCCACAUGGAAAUAAAGAUGAAAAAGAAUUUGGUAUUUUCAUAAGAAACUCCCUACUUAUAACACUUCAUCUUAUAUCAAUAGUUAACUCAGGUUUAAUAGUCUUAUAAAAAGUAAUCAGUUAAAUGAUUAUUUGCUUAUACAUAUCUAAACUAUAAUUAUGAAAUCAGUGUAGUACACUGAUUAAAAACUCUUCACUUUAUGCAUAAAGGAAAAUGCAUUUCAUAUUAUAGUUUAAAGUGAAAAUGGAAUUCAGAAAAUGAAUGUAAAGUAUAUUCAUAGUUAAAUGAAUAAUUUUUUAUUUGUGGGUGGGAUUUUUCUCCAUUUUCUUCUAUCACUUUGUCUCUAGUUACAGGUUUUAGUUUGAUUGGCAAAGGUUUUUGACAGAUAAUUUAUGAAAAAUAAAAUUAGAUACAUUACAUAUGUUUUAAGGACAAAGGAUUUUAAAAUGUGAGCAUUUAGGUGAAGGGACAAGCAUGUUUACAUGUUUAAAAAGAAAGAAGAAAAAGGUACUGUGUGAUAUGGUACUAAAUAUGGUACUAAAAUUUUAAUCCUGAUAUAAUUCAUUUCUCAUACAUUGAAUCCCCAGUCAUAAUUAAGCCAUGUACACAGAUUAAAUUAACAGAAGCAUUUCACAUAAAUGUUGGUUUCAGUCAUCAACUACCCAUGAAUUCCUGCCCAACGAUUCUUAAUCAGGAUUAAAUUUUCAAUGAAUAAUUGAAAAACAAAAUACUCACUGGAUUUGUUAUAAUCCAUAUUGGCACUGGAUUCUAAGUUGUUGCCAUCUUGAAUCCUUUGUCAUAAAGCCAUAUUUUUUUGUAUAUGUGAGGCCCCAGUAUUGAGUAUGCUAGCUGAAAAGUGCUCUAUCAAGUGCCUGUUUAAAGAAUUGCUAAAUGGUUGUCGAUACCUGCUGUAUAAAGUGAGGAUUCCCAUUAAUAGUCACCGAUUGGAAAUGGUUCUGUUUCUGUUUGUUAGAUUAUUUAAGUCUUUUCAUUCUGACCUCUGGCUUACUUUUUAAAAAUUUUUAAAUCUACUUUGAGAGGUAUUACAUUUUUAAGCAAGAAACUGUGCACUGAUCUGGUAAUUAAACUUUUUAAUUAAAUAGUUAUAAUAACAUAAUACAACUUAAAAAUAUCUAUAGCUUCAUUUUUGUUUUUCCCUUAAACCUAGUCUCGUUGGAAAUGAAUAGUGUUCUGUUUUAUUUUAAAGACAAAAUGUAUAUGUUUGUAACUAGCAAAAUGGCAAAGUGGUAAAGUUCAGCCUGCUCAUUAAAUCAUCUCUAACA